UUCAACUUUUCUUUUAUGGGAGAUGCAAUCAUCCAACCUCAAACAAGGCCAUGUACAAGAAAAUCAUCAACAUCUGUGGUGAUCAGCAGCGCCAAGUUCUUGCAUGCAAGCCCAACCAUGACGCCGCCGGCUUCGCUGCUCUGCCUCGCCGUGCUCGCAGUGGUCGCCGGCGGCGCCGCCGCUGCUGAGCCGCCGCGGUUGCAGUGCCUGGAGAACCCGCCGGAGCGGACGGCCGCCGGCGACGGCGAGGCCGGCGUGGUCGUCCGCGGCCUGGCAGGAGGCUUCGACGCCUACGUCACCGGCGCCGCCCACGCCGGCCGGGCCAUCGUCCUCGCCUCCGACGUGUUUGGAUUCAAGGCGCCAUUGCUGAGGAAAAUUGCUGACAAAGUUGGUGAAGCCGGAUAUUAUGUCGUGGUGCCUGAUUUCUUCUAUGGAAAACCUUACAAUGGGGAUCGAAAUGUAAACAUUACGGAAUGGAUCAUGGCUCACCCUCCGGUAAAAGCAGCAGAAGAUGCUAAACCGAUCUUUGCUGCUCUAAAAGGAGAAGGGAAAUCUGUUGGAGUUGGAGGUUAUUGUUGGGGCGGAAAGGUAGCUGUUGAGGCGGCAAAAACCAAUGAGGUCGAAGCGAUUGUCAUCUCCCAUCCUUCACUGGUGAUUGCUGAUGAUAUGAAAGAGGUCAAAUGCCCCAUUGAAAUCCUUGGAGCUGAGAAUGACGCUGUAACACCACCAAGAUUAGUGUACCAUUUUGUGAGUGCCUUGCGUGAAAGAAAUGAGGUCCAUUACUUCACCAAGAUCUUUCCAGGAGUGGCCCAUGGCUUUGCUUGCAGAUAUAACGCCACCAACCCGUUUGCUGUCGGAACUGCUGAACAAGCUCUUGCUUUGAUGCUCGACUGGUUUCAGAAACACUUGAAAUGACAAUAUAGGUAGCCAUGCAUUAUGCAAACCACUAAAAUAGUUUUUCUUCAUCAAAAUAAAUUGAUAAUUCGUUAUCAAUCAUCCUUGAAUGUAUUGACUUUUGUUGAUGUAUAAUAAGCUCCCUUGAAAAGCAUCGGGCACGUGUAAACGAUUUGCUCUCACAAACUGAGCUAUAGCCCUUGCUCAACA